GCCAAAAUCCAAGUAGUGAAGUGACUCUAUGACAUAUACAACCCCUAUGAGCAUGUCUGUCGCCUUAACCGUGAAAAAAACGAGAAAAUUGGUGUUAAUCAGUUUAAUUUAGUCUGUUGCUUUGAUGGAUAGCACUGAGCUAGUCGACAUAUUUACUGUGAGGCCAUGAAGUCCGUCCCGGGGAGCUACGGCGGGGACGGGGCCUCCCAGCGGGCCAUCUACCCCGCGUCGAGGCAGGGCUGGUUCCUGGCGCUGCUGGUGGGCAGCAAGGCGCUGCUCUGCGCGGCCAUGUUCCUGGCGUACGGCUUGCUGCAAGCAUACAGCGUCGCGGGGCUCACCUGCUCCCUCAAGCUGGUGGCCGGGGCGGCGAUGGUGUGCGUGCACAAGCCGUGGCGCGCGGCCGGGCGACUGAGCCGCGCGCAGAGCGUGGGCCUGCUGCAGCUGGCCGUGCUGGGGGCCGCGCGUUCGCUGCUGCUGCUGCUCGGCGUGCGGCUGUGCGGGCCCUUCCGCGCCGCGCUGCUCUCCCAGCACCACGACUCUGCCGUGCUGGCCGGCCUCGCCGCGCUCUUCUCCGGGUCCGGCAGCCCGGCGAGGACGCGGGGCGUGGCCUUGUUCGCGGCCGCGGUGGUCGCACUGCUGUUCCUGGACCACGACGAGGAGCGCCAGCACCCGGACCUCGGACACUCGUUCCUGGGAGCCUCGUCCUGGCUGGGGCUCGCUGACCACAAGGUGCGCUUCCCUUCUCUCCUAAACUACCUGCUCGCUCUCCCCUCGCUUUCUGUCCUCGCGUUAUUUCAGCACUACCUGAAAUGUACAUAA